AGAGAGAGCAUAUGAAAUAAAUGAAAGUAUCUGUUUAUCUCUACGUCAUUUCCAGUAUAAGCGGAAAGAAAAAGUUGAAAAUUUAGUUUCAGUUUGACACGACUUGUUAGUUUUCGAUAAUUCUCCAUAUCAGUUAACUUCCUGGUUUGAACUAUUCGAAAGAGCAGUGAAGAAAAAAAACAAAUCGCGGAUUUGGUAAUAUUGCGGACAGUUUUAAUGGUCAUGUUAACCAUAACGAUUAACAUGUGUUAUUUUGUCUUACGUUUUUUUGAGUUUUUUUGUCCACCAAAAUCUGUAACAGAUCAUCAGAAAGACCAAACUACAGUAAAGCUCCUAAAGGUAAAUCAAGUCCAAAGUGAGAUAAGACCAGAUGUAGAAAACCAAACUGAGAUAAGACACUCGAAAGAUCAAGUUGAUAUAAGACAGGAACAAAACCAACAAAGCCAUCAAACUGAAGAGGACAAAUCUAAGAUAAAAUAUGUAGAAUGUGUAACUGAGCUUAGAUGCCAAGACCAAAGUAAGGAAUAUCACCAAGGACAAGAAUUUGUGACUGACUACCAAGAAAAAGAUGAAACUAAGAAAUGCCAGCAUGAAGAACACCAGUUUGAAACAGACUACCGAAAAUACGAAAGUGAGAAAGACUCCCAAGAAGACCAAACUAAGAUAUACUCCCAAGAAGAUGCAACAAAAGGAUACCAUGAAGGAGAAUACCAAACUGAGACAGUCCUCCAAGAAGGUCAAACUAUGGUACACCCCCAAAACCAUGCAACAAAAAUAUUCCAAGAAAAUCAAAUUAAGACAUACCCCCAAAAACAAGAAUCUAAGACUAACUACCAAGAAAAACCUAAAACUGAGAAAUUGCCCAAAUGUAAAAAGAAGAAGAAACGCUCCCAAGUGCAUCAGACUGAGACUUACAACCAAGAAGCCCAAACUAAGACGGGUUCCAAACAGGAACUCUCCAAGUUUGUGGAGCAAAACUCUAAACCAGAAUCCUAUGACAACAGUUGGGUAGAUCCUCAUCCAAAUCUGGCCUUCUACAAAAAUAUGAGAAAGUCUGAACCAGAUGGUGAUUAUAUAGAAGACAUUCUAAAAAAUUGGUUUGGCGAUUACAAGAAGCUGGAACGUCAUCAUGGCUAUAUCCAGUGGUUGUUUCCCAAUAGAGCUGCAGGUUUGAACGGACAGGCUUUCUGUCUCAAUGAUUAUGAGAUUCAGGAGAUAUCUAAAAAUGACGUCUUAGGAGAUAGAGUGAAAAGGAGCUUUCAUUUGAUGCUGGAUUUUUAUGGCAUGUCUAUGAAUGAUGACUGCCAGUUUGCGUUAUCACAUUCUUACAGUGAUAGAAUCAAAAAUCUGAAAGAAAGACAUCAUAAUUUCUUGAGAAUCACCAGAAUCCUAAUAGCCCUUGGAGAAUUUGGUUUGAAGACAGAACAGAGAAACUGGUUAGAUUUCCUGAAGCAUAAAGUUGAUAGUGGAAUUCUUAAAGAAGCUGACUAUUCUCUUAAAAAUUUCUGGAUUCCAGCUGUUCAAGAGUUUGAACUCAGUUCAAAUUCUGAAAACAUUAAUGAAUUUUAGAUGCAGUUUAUUGUGAUUUCUAUAAUUUUAUAUGUGCCUUAUAAUAUUCAAUAACUUCCUUUUUCACAUAUUAGUUUCAAAUUUCGCCAGGUUCUGAUUUAGAUUUCAUACCUCCCUGGGUCACAUACUGCAUAUAAACUGAAUCAUCUGUUUCUUCCACCAUACAAUUUUUAGAUCAGUACCAGACCAGUUGUUCUGCAAAUUUGGAACUGAAGGUGUCCCAGAUUUCUGAAUUUACUGCUUUUCUGGAAAAAGUCUAGUUAGCUCUGUACACUUAGUAAGUCUCUGAAGUCACAUCAGACAUAGCAUUAAGAUCAUUGAGAAACCUGGGAGGUUGAUUGGAUCACCAUUAUGGAAGAUGUACCCCUUCAACAAUACCACAUGCACAAAUAGGACUAGGAAUGUAGCAUAAGGUGGUGCAUGGAAGGGGUUUUUAAGGACAGGAACAUGGCAUACAUUGGGAAGACUCCUACAACUUUAACAGAGAGGCUAAACGAACACUGGCGAGAGUAUCAUCAUCAUCAUCAUCAUCGUUUAACAUCCAUUUUCCAUGCUAGCAUGGGUUGGACGGUUCAACUGGGGUCUGGGAAGCCAGAAGGCUGCGCCAGGCCCAGUCUGAUCUGGCAGUGUUUCUACAGCUGGAUGCCCUUCCUAACGCAGAUGGGAAACAGUUUUCCAUAUUCUAUCAGCAUGCCAAAGACCAACAUGGCAGCAUGCAAGACCAAAAUGACAUUUGAAUUUUGUCCAAAUACCCAAGGGAUUGGUCACUUAGACAAGUACAAGAAUAUGUCUUCAUAAAUGAAACAUUACUCAUAUUGACCUCAAUGCCAUGGAUACCACUCAUGCAGUGUACAUGCAUAUGUGUAUCUGUGUGGACGCCCACCUACAUGCCUACUAGGCAGCAUCAUACUUAGACACAUAGAUAGAUAGAUAGAUAGGUAGGUAGGCAGGUAGACAGUCAGGUAAGCAAAUAGGUGGGUAGAUAGAUAAAUAAAUAGGUUGGUAUUUAGGUGAUUAGAUUAAUUAAGUAAAUUGUUAGUUAAUUAGAUAGGUUGUUUUGUAUGUAGAUAGU